AGUUCUUGGCCAGCCAGGACCCUUGACCGAGUGCUCCGGUGCUAUGGCCGCCCCACCGCAGCUACAGGCUCUUCUCCAGGCCGUCAACAAGCUGCUGCGCCAGCGCCGCUACCACGCUGCGCUGGCCGUGAUAAAGGGCUUCCGGAACGGGGCUGUGUGAGUAGGGCCGCAGAGUGCGGCUGGAGCUAAAGGACGGGCCUAACUGGGGUCGCGAGUUCGAGGCCCGGGGCCCCUGAGCUGUGCUCUCUCUAGGCCUCAGAUGUCUGUAUAUUUCAGUGCCCCGUUGGUGCAGCAGACGUAGGUUUCAGGGUUCCAGUCACCUUACCAGUCCUAAACUGGGGCUUCCUCUGUCUUGCUUCUAGGUCCUCUGUCCUUUCCAACCUGGCACUCUUGGCUUAGUUGCCUCCUCAGCACCUGUAUCCCCUCAUUGGGUCUAAUUCAUCUCAUCUUACCUUGUCCCCUUUGGCCUACUUGGCUUCUGUGGCUCUGUAUACACAAAAGAAACUGGACUUUGUCCUUUAGCAAGCAAGUGGUCACCUACUGCCUCAUAGGUUCCCUCAGUAAAGUUCCUAACAGGUUCACAUCUAUAUGUGACUUCACCUCACCCUUCAUUUUCACUGGGGUCUCGUGAGAAGUGACAGUGAUUGUAUGUAAGAAAAAGUAGCUAAUGUUUGCUAGGUAAAUUGCUCUCCUUCCCUCCUAGGUAGGAGAGGAGAUCUUGGGGUCGUUUUGCUUGACUGGUGCCCAGAUGGGAGUUCCAGCCUCGUUAACCCUCAUCCCUUAGCAGUUAGUGAGGGGCUGCUCUCACUGCGUGAGCAGUGACUCUCAGAGAAGAAACCAAAGUCUCUAUCUCUAGGAGCUGGUAGCAGUGUGUGGCAUGGUGGUGAGUAUGUCAACUGCCAGGACUUAAAAAAACCUGGUGUCAGCUACCAUGAUCUUGAUCUCGAACAAACCAUUUUGGCUUUCUGGGUCUCACUUUCUAGAAAAUGGGUCCCCCAGAGCACUUCUAUACUGUUUGAGGAUUGAGGCGAUGUGUGAAAUGGAGAGUACAGUCCCUGGUGUGUGUCUGUCUGUCCGCUGACGGAUGUUGGUACAGCUAUGGAGUCAAAAUCCGGGCCCCUCAUGCACUGGUGAUGACCUUUCUCUUCAGGAGCGGCAGUCUCAGAGAGAAGCUUCAGGCCAUUCUGAAAGCCACGUACAUCCACUCUCGGAACCUAGCCUGCUUUGUGUUUGCCUAUAAGAGUCUCCAUGCCCUACAGUCCCAUGUGCAAGGCGAGACCCACCAGAUGCACUCUUUCCUGGCUGCCUUCAUCGGGGGGCUCCUGCUGUUUGGAGAGAACAAUAACAUUAAUAGCCAGAUCAACAUGUACCUGACCUCACGCGUCCUGUACGCCUUGUGCCGCCUGGGUGUGGAGAAGGGCUAUAUCCCUGCGCUCAAGUGGGACCCGUUCCCCUUGCACACUGCGGUGAUUUGGGGGCUCGUGCUGUGGCUUUUUGAGUACCACCGGCCCACUCUGCAGCCCUCCCUACAGUCCUCCAUGACCUACCUCUACGAGGACAGCAACGUGUGGCACGACCUCUCAGACUUCCUCAUCUUCAACAAGAGCCACCCCUCCAAGUAACACAGUCCAAGGUGCUUCAGGAACUCCUCCGCCCAGACAGCUUCCAGGCAGCAGCCCACCUUCCAGGCAGCUGCUCAGGGUAUGGUUCUGUUGGCAUACCCUCGUGGAGGAGCCUGCCUUCUCAAAGUCAUAAUCCUCACACUCCAACUUGUAUUAACCCAGGCUCCCAUUUGCUGAAGUAAAAGUACUGAGUUUUCCACUUACCAGUACUUUUGAGUACUGUAGCAAGUGGCUGGGUCCCAUUAAGGAGUCUGUGGCUUGAUUCCAGAUGCUCUUCCGACUUCUGUAAGGCCAGGGCAAACUCACCCCCUCUCAGCUUCAGGUCAUUCACUUCAGGGGAGGACCCUCCGAGGAGAGUGUCUUCCUGGUGGAUAUGAUGGCCCUUCCCCUCUACUGUAUAUCAGAGGGCUCCUUGCUAGUGGGCAAUAGGUUACAAACACUUUGAAAGGGGAAAAAAAAACUAAAUUCUUUGUCUAAAUUAUUCUGCUGAGAAGUUCUGGAGCCCUACUGUCAAAUAGGAGCACUAGAUGAGUCACGUGCACAGCACGUGUCAAGCUUGUAUGAGACGCAGGAUCCUAUCACCAGCACUGAGAAUAAAACUUCAAGUGUCCACAUUUUUUGAGAUGCAUUAAGAAGGCUGUGGCCGGGCAGUGGUGGCGCACGCCUUUAAUCCCAGCACUCGGGAGGCAGAGGCAGGCAGAUUUCUGAGUUCGAGGCCAACCUGGUCUACAGAGUGAGUUCCAGGACAGCCAGGGCUACACAGAGAAACCCUGUCUCGGAAAACCAAAAAAAAAAAAAAAAAAGGCUGUGGCAGUAGGGUUGUGAGCUCCAGGCCAGGCUGCGAUACAUUAAAAAACAAACAAACAAACAACCUCUGU